AUGAACAUUAAUCGUCUCAUGAGUAGGCGGGACAAGGAUGGAAGUUCGCAUCGCCGAGAGAAGUCGCGCGACAAGAGCACAGACAAGAGUACAGACAGAAAGUCCCGACCUAUCUCUAGCGAUGGACUUUUGUCUAUCUUCAAGCCUGAUCCCCAGAAAAAGCUCGAAAAGGAACACGCGAAGGAAUAUGCGAGCAAGGUUCAAGCAGUCAAGCAGCGAUUGAAGCAGGAAGGGAUUACAGACGUGAAGGAGGAGCAUAUUAACUUUGCCCUGGGAUCCCAUAAUGCGGAUGGAAGUGUCGAGAAGGCUGUGCAGAUGCUACGCAUUUUCCAGCAGUCCCUCGAAGGACUUAUCAAGCCUUAUAGCCCCGACGUGUACAUGCGAGGGGCCAUAAACCGGAAUGCGGUCACUUGCUAUAUCGACUCGCUAUUAUUCGCAAUGUUCGGCAGGCUAGACAGUUUCGAACCCAUCAUACUACGAGGAUUUGAGCAGGAACCGAAGCGUCGCCUUGCUGCGAUCUUGAGAGUCUACGUUAAUAUGCUGAGGCAGGGAAUAUUAAUCCAUACUGAUAUCACUGAGCAGCUACAAAAGGCGUUGGCAGAGUGUGGCUGGGAAGAGGCAAUAAGUCCUGACCAGCAAGAUGUUUCCGAAGCUUUCAACCAACUUGCAAGUAUUCUCGAGCUACCAUUACUCUCUUUGAAGGUGGACCUGUUUCACUUUGGCCGAGACGACGACCCAGACGAUCAUAAGGUCAUUGAAGAGCGCCUCCUUGACGUUGCAGUACCAGAUGAGCCACCGGAAGGAAGGUCGCACGUUCGACUAGAAGAUUGUCUGGAGAACUAUUUCAACAACCGUGUGCUUGUAUUGAGACGACUAGAACGCACAAACACGAAUUCGUCUCUCAAGCCUUCGAGCUCGCAUUACGAGGAGAAGGGUGAGGCAUCAGCCCUACCACACAUCAACGUCAACGUCAACGAAUUAAAUUGGUCAACGCCUGAUUCUCCCAUUACCCCAGGUACUCCUCUUACUCCAAAUGGUGGCCGAGAUGGUGGACGAGACCGUGCGACUAGUAUCAUUCGACAUGUAGUGAUCCAGGAAGAGGGAGAUCCUGAUGCUGCAGCUGAAGCUGGUACGACGGUUGUGGAGGUUGAUGGCAACGCUAGCAUCAUUUCUGGUAGCGAGGCGUUACGCAAAGGUUCUGUUCGCAAGGAGAUCAUGAUGCCUGCGUGGCAAUUCUUCAAUCUAAUACCUUGGUCUACGGACAGUCAGACGAAGAGUGAUGCUGCCGUUGCUGCUCACCUGAAAUCAAAACCAGUUCUGGGAAUCUGUUUGAAGCGAUACGGUUUCAAUAAAGGCCAACCCUUUCGAAAGAAUACUCUCAUCGACAUUCCUUUGGAUAUUCGAUUACCUCAUUUCAUCAACGACCAUGGCGAAGUCGAUGAAGAUGGUCCAUUGAUCGGACAGUUCAAACUCUCUCUGCAAUCAGUUGUGUGUCACCGAGGCAACUCGACCAAUUCCGGGCAUUAUAUUUCCUUCAUCCGCGGUACGACUCCAAUUGUCGACGGAGACUCGAGGUCGAAACGGAAACUCAGUGAUACGAAUCGACCCCCUCAUUAUUCUGAAGAGCGUUGGAUCAAGUCAGAUGAUCUUGCUUGUCCUCGGGUCAUAAACGUGGAUAUUGAGGAGGCUCUUAAAAACGAAAUGCCUUAUCUACUGUUCUACCAAGUCCAACCCUACGAGAACGUGUCGCCUCCGCCAGGGCCCGAGCCAGAUAUCGAACCUCCUUCGUAUACCGAUACAUCCUUCAAGGUCAGCCUCACAGAGAGCACACCGGUUGACAAUCAGCCAGGCUAUUUUGAUGGCGCUAGAGACGAGCCUGCUCCUAGUGUCAGGGUUUCCAACGAGCUCGAACGGCCGCAAACCCCACGACAAAGCAUCAACCUUCCAGACGAUCGAGCCGAAUUCCGACGAGGUAGCCUGGCUUUCACCGAGAACAGCAUGACGAGCACUUCCAGCAGCCUAUUAGGAACUUCGACCCCAGUGACUCCUAUCGAGGAAACGACUGCUCAAAGAAUGUCACGAGCUGCUUCUCGAUUCACAAAGCUACCUAACAGAAGCCGUCCAACAAGUCAAUCAGGGGAGAAUCGGGUGGAGAACCGCAUUAGUGCCACAUUCUCACGUCUGAACUUGAUGAAGAGCAAAGAAGGGCUCAAUAACCCCGAGAAUGUCAAACAUUCUAUGAGUACCGGAGAUGUCACAUCAGAGCCACGAAAAUCAAUCACCUCCGACGAAUAUCAAAAUGAAUUUAAAGCCCACCUUGCUGAAGGCCCUCCUGUUAUCGAGCGUUCCAAGAGCAAGAAAGAGAAGAAGCGAGACAAGAGUAAGGGUCCAAGCGAAAAACUAGACGGAACCCAUCAUCAUGGCCACUCGCACAAAGAAAAGGGGACGGGGAAAGGGAAGGUGAAAGACGGCGUUCCGGACAGGGAGUGUAACAUUAUGUAA